AUGGCGUCCGCAGAUGCGCUGCAGCUGCUGCGAUCCUCGAUUGCGGUCUCCAAGCCCCCGGUGCUCACGAAAACAUCAGAUCCUGCCAACGCCGAAACAGCGCAAACCGAUUCCCUGGUCGAGGCGACACAUCUCUACUUCACACAUCCUGUCCCACAAUGUCUCCCUCUAGAUACGAAGACGCGGUUUACAUCGCAGAAUCCAGACACUACGCAAGUUGACCUACGCAGCAUCUUCUUCGCCUGGCAACAGAAGGAUGUCCCCGUGCCCGAGUACAUUGCCCGCGCCGCGGAGCUCGACAAGGAAUUGCCUGAGGGCCACAAAGUGCGAAAUCUCAUCUUUGUCGAGCGUCUGGACUUGAUCACUUGGCUUGAAGGCGCGUCGGAAGAGUCUGAAUAUAUCAAGCCGCUUGAGGGUGCCACUGCUCUGGGAGAUGCGGUCAACAGGGCUGCGGAUGUCGCUGGCGGUGCGGCCGUCCCUACAGUCAGUGGCUCGGGAGUCGGCGUUACACAAUCUGCUGGUGGAAGGCCUGUUAAGGUGAUCGAUGCCCGGCUGCAGGCAAUUUACAAUGGUGAACGAAGGAUGGGCGACCACAAUACCGUGUUACGAGGGAUCAAGCCUACGGACUUUUCACAUGUCCGCAAACACGCAGAAACCUUCCUCGGACGACGAAAAGGCGUCCCUUCAUCCGGACGCCCAGGUGGCCUCCCGGCAAAAUCAGCUCAACUUGCCGCUCGACCUGCCGCAAACUCAUCCAAACCUCUCGCCUCAGCCGUGUCCUCGAAACGGUCCGAUCCAAUCAUUCUCUUGUCUCCGUCAGCAUCAUCCUUGCUUCGCAUGUCCAACAUCAAAACUUUUCUGGACACUGGCCUGUACGUCCCGCCUGAUCAUCCCACUCUGUCCACGCAAACUACAGCCAACCUCCUGCACAUUACUCGUACAAUGCAUUCUCUGAGUGAGAAACCGUACCGCUUCAUCCUGGUCGAUUCCCCCGAACACUUCAAGCCAGAUUACUGGUCCCGGGUCGUUGCUGUCUUCACGACCGGCCAGAUUUGGCAGUUUCGAGGCUACAAAUGGCGAGAGCCGCAGGAGUUGUUUGGCCACGUCCUCGGUAUUUAUGUCGGGGAGAAAGGACUUCCCAUCCCGGCCGAGGUCAAAGGGUGGGGAUCUAGCGUCAAGACCUUUGCUGUUGAGAGGUGGGACGAACGAGCGCACGGGCAAAAUGUCGAGCAAGAGACAAGGAUGUCCAGACGGUGGAGAGAUAGGGAGACUGUCGAGGAGGUGUGGAGGUCUAUCGAGGGGCACAUGAGAGGCAGGGGAGAGUGGAAGCGGUGA